CCCUCAAAAACCCUAAACUCUUGGUCUGUCUCGCCGACUUCUCUACCCCUCUCCAGAAAUCGAGUUUCAGGUCAUCGGUGUUCCCGGCGAUUGCUUCUUCUACUUUCAUCUUUUUAUCCUGGACGUCAUCUAACUUCUAGGGUUCCCCUGUAAUUCACAGUUAAGAGCCAUCAAACAUGUCGUCUCUGCGUAAUUGUGUUCCACGGCCUGCUCAUAAGGAGCGAUCUCAGCCGCAAGCGAGAAAGAAGUUUGGUCUCCGCGAGAAGCAUAAGGAUUAUGUUAUCCGAGCUAAAGCUUAUCACAAAAAGCAGGAUACUUUAAAGAUACUUAGGCAGAAGGCGGCAUUCAAGAAUCCAGAUGAAUUCAACUUUAAGAUGAUCAAUAGUAAAACAGAACGUGGAAAUCAUAGACCAAAGGAUGAGGUAAAUAAAUACUCUGCGGAAGAGCUCAUGAUAAUGAAGACCCAAGAUAUAGGAUAUGUGUUCCAAAAAUGGCAGAGUGAGAAAAACAAAAUUGACAAGCUUACUUCAUCACUUCAAUGUACUGAGGGUCAGUCAAGCCGUAGACAUGUUUACUAUGCAGAAGACAGAGAGGAGGCUAGAGAACUGGAGUCAGAAAGUAGAAGCAGAAGUGAUAUCUCUGCGAGAGGGAUCCCGAGAGAUAUUAAAAAGAAAAUGGAUAGGUCUUAUAGAGACCUUGAGGCACGGAGGAGCAGGGCUAAUAAUUUGGAAAAGUUAUACGCGGAUAUGUCAAUGCAGAAGGAAUUACAGAAAAAGGGUCGCAAACGUAAGCUGCGUGAAGACGAGAUACUCAAUCCAAAUGGUAAACCAGUAUACAAAUGGCGGGCAGAUAGAAAGCGUUGAAGAAAAGCAGAGUUUUAAUUAUAAGUUUUUGAUCUCCCUUCCCUGCAAACGUUAGAUGCAAACUUUGAUGGGACAUUUUUUGUUUACUUUAAAACUUUUCUUGUUGCAUAUCUGGAAAAGUUUGCUAAUGGGAUUGACGAAAUUGAAACACAUGGAGCCAAAAUAGUUAUGAUAUCGAAGAUUGAAGACUUUGAAUG